AUGCACCUAAUUGAUCGCUACAUGCUGAUCCCACUGAGCGUGCUGAAGGGGGUGUGCUGGUGGGGGGCCAUGGGGAGCAUAUGUCGCUGUCAGCGUGGAAAACAGGGGACAGAUGGGGCUCAGGGCUGUCAGUCACAGGUCCCAGACAGAGAUGGGCAUCAGCAGCCGGACUUCAACUCCCACCAAUGUCCCGCCAGACCCACCCGUCAACAUCAGGAUUAUGUGUUGAAGUUUCACAGAGGGAAUGGAAAGAGUCGAUCGAGCAUCCUGGACUUCAACACUUACAUAAAGGCCGUGUCCUGGAUGGACAAGUUCAAUGGCGGCGGUGGUCUGGUGGACAUGGUGCUUGCCUCUGCUGGCUCUGACCGCGGUGGACUGCAACAGGGAGAACUUCGGGUCACCAGGCUAUCGGCCACUCGUGCGAUUCCGACAUAA